AAUUGUUUAGCAAACAGUUGUCGUUAUUUCAAUACGUUAUCAACAAAACAAAGUGUGUUUGACUACAGACAACACCGACAACAAAAUAUAAGGACCGGUAGGCUGUUGUAUAGCGGCACCGGUAUGUCAACACUGAGGACAGAUAGGAGAUUAUUAUCGACACAUCUAAGUGAAGAUAAGACACAAACAACGACAACAGUGGGAAACAAUAACAACAAAAAGAUAACUAUUAGAGACAUCCGUAAAAAGUGUAGACAACGUCUGCCGAUAUCGAUGGUCACGGCCUACGACUAUUGUUCGGCCAAACAGGUAGACCGGGCCGGCAUUGACAUAGUAUUGGUUGGCGAUUCACUCGGUAUGGUUAUGUUAGGCCAAUCGGGUACGGCGGAUGUAACAAUGGAUCAAAUGGUACAUCAUUGUCGGGCUGUACGCCAGGGUAGCCGUCGGUCCUUUAUAGUGGCCGAUAUGCCGUUCGGUUCGUACGAGAUUAGCCAGAGUCGGGCACUGGCCAAUGCCAUCCGAUUGGUCAAGGAAGGCGGGGCCGAAGCUGUCAAACUGGAAGGUGUUGGCGGCCAUCGGCAAUUGAUGACUAUCCGGGCAAUCAUCGGCGCCGGUAUACCCGUUAUGGGACAUAUAGGAUUGACACCGCAAUCCAGUGGCCAGUUUGGCGGCUUUCGUGUCCAGGGUCGGCUAGCCAGCCAGGCACUCGGCAUUGUUGACGAUGCACUGGCCCUUCAAGAGGCCGGCUGUUUUGCUGUGGUCAUCGAAAUGGUACCCCAAGUGGUCGGUACGGAAAUUGCCCGUUUGCUGCGUAUACCGACCAUCGGUAUCGGAGCCGGUAACGGUACCGACGGCCAAGUGCUGGUCUAUCACGAUAUGUUGGGCAUGUAUGCGGAUUUUGUACCGAAAUUUUGCCGCCAAUACGCCCGCUUAUCGUCGACCAUUCACGAAGCACUGGUCCAGUAUAGGUCGGAGGUCGAGAGUCGGCAGUUCCCGGUGGCGGCCGAUCAUACGUUUGCAAUGAAAGACACGGAGGAAAUGGACAAGUUUUUGACGGGUGUAGCGGCAAAAUGUAGUCAUCAUAGCAGUGACAGCACCGGUAGUACCUGUAGUAGUAGUAGUGCAAGUGUUUUGCGGGUAACGGACGAUAAUAAAAGUAUUAAUCAUGCGAUUAGUGGUACUGUCAGUGAUAGUAGUAAUAGUAGUGUCAAUGACACUCUAGCACUGGUAGCUGAUAGGACUGUCAUAUCGUCAUCAGCAAUGAAUGAUAAUAAUAGUUGCGAUAAUAGUAAUGAUAGACAGUAUCUGAUAAAUAAUGUCAAAGUCGGUGAUGAACAACAACGACGGGGACCUAAAGUGGUUGUCAUCGGUGGCGGAGCAAUGGGCAGCCUAUUCAGUGCCAAAUUGGCUGCUCAGGGAUCCAGUGAUGUAUGGAUGGUGUCAUCGUGGAGAGAGCACGUGGAGGCCAUCAAUCGGGACGGACUAAAACUGUACAAUAUUCAUGACCAACGGGAAACUGUCCGAUCGGUUAGGGCUACACUCGAUGGUAUGGAAGUGCUCAGUGAUGGCCGACAACCCGAUGUUUGUCUAGUGUUGGUCAAGAGUCACUCUACCGAAAAGGCAUCUGAAACGGCCAGCACAUUGGUCGGCCAUAAUCCCCAAGCCAUAGUAGUAACCUUGCAAAACGGUGUCGGCAAUCGGGAACAAAUUUCUGCGACACUGGACAAGUGCGGCUAUAGUAAUCGGGUAUGCCAGGGAGUGACCAAUAACGGUGCCUUUAUGCUAGGCCCGGGUGCUGUCCGGCAUACCGGUUCGGGGCUAACCUAUUUGGCGUCAUCAGCGGUAGCGGCUCCGGGAGGCGCUGAUGAUGACAAUAAUAAUAAUGAACUAUCAUUUGGUGAGUUUGCUAGUCUACUAACUACGGCCGGCAUUGACAGUCAACUAUCCACUGAUGAGGACAGUCUAGUCUGGAGUAAAGUAGUAGUCAAUGCAGCUAUCAAUCCGCUGACAGCGCUUAUGGGUGUUACCAAUGGAUAUCUGCUGAGACACGACUAUCCCAGACGUAUGAUGCGCCGUCUGAUCGCCGAAGGUAUGCACGUUUGUCGGGCCAAAGGUGUCCAACUGGUCUACGGUGACGAUCUGGAUCAGGCUUACGAUUAUGUAGCUCAGGUAGUCGAACGUACCAGUGGUAAUCUGUCGAGUAUGCUCAGGGAUGUACUCAGGGGACAGCCAACUGAAAUACAGGCAAUCAAUGGCCAGAUUGUUAAGGAGGGCGAGAGAUUGGAUGUUAGUGUCGAGUAUAAUAAACAGGUAAUGGAUAUGUUAUUGACCGGACAGUUCAUCAAUGUAUGAGUGUGUAUGUGUAUGUGUAUGUGUAUGUGUAUGUGUAUGUGUAUGUGUAUGUGUAUGUGUAUGUGU